ACUCGUUUUUACUUGCUAGUUCUAUAAAGACAACCUCAACACUUUAGUACAUUCUUGUGCUUUUAUAAAGAAUCUUUUUUGUGUUCUACACAUUGUCUUUGUAUUUAUAUCUAUAUAUUGUGUAUCCAUACAACUCAUUUGUUAGUUUUUGCGAAUUGUUAGCACGAUGGGCAGAAUGUUGAUGAACUAUUUGGCUAUGAAAACUGAUCCUGUUGUAACUAAUUUAAUCGAUUCGGAUUUGAAUGAACUCAAGUUUGCAGCCAAGAAGCUGUUCAAUGAUGCAACUAUGCUAGGAGGCAAAGGGGUUGGCAUGUCUUUGCUUAGAUGGAUUGCUUCUUUUGCUGCCAUAUAUUUACUCGUACUUGAUCGCACAAACUGGAAAACCAAUAUGUUGACUUCAUUGUUAGUGCCUUACAUAUUCUUCAGCUUUCCUGGGUCACUGUUUCACUUUUUCAGAGGAGAAGUUGGAAAAUGGAUUGCUUUCAUUGCAGUCGUGUCGAGGCUUUUCUUCAAUAAACAUUUCCCUGAUUGGAUGGAGAUGCCUGGAUCAAUGAUCCUUCUUUUGACGGUAGCCCCUGAUUUAUUUGCUCUUAAGUUUAGGAACAAUUGGAUUGGAGUAGCAAUUGAUCUUGUCAUUGGUUGUUACCUCCUACAAGAACAUAUUAGGGCUACUGGUGGAUUCAGAAAUUCUUUUACACAAAGACAUGGAAUAUCUAAUACUCUUGGCAUCAUCUUCCUCAUAAUUUAUCCGGUUUGGGCAUUGGUUAUCCAUUAAUUACAAAACUAUCAUUAUACCUAUACCUAUAGUAUACUACUUGUUGGUAAUUAUGUGAAAAGAAAAUGUAAACCUUCCAAGUACACUUGUUUAGAAUCCAAAUAUAAAAAGAAAAAAAGAAAUUGAAA